AUGAAGCACCUCGCCGCUUACCUCCUCCUCGGCCUCGCUGGCAACAACUCUCCUUCGGCCAAGGACAUUAAGAACGUCCUCUCCGCCGUCGGUAUUGAGGCUGACGAUGACCGCCUGAAGACUCUCCUCUCCGAGCUUGAGGGCAAGGACGUCUCCGAGCUCAUUGCUGCCGGUUCCGAGAAGCUUGCUUCCGUUCCCUCUGGCGGUGCUGGCGGUGCCGCCGCUGCUGGUGGCGCUGCCGCCGGUGGUGCUGCUGCCGAGGAGAAGGCCGAGGAAAAGGAGGAGGAGAAGGAGGAGUCCGAUGAGGACAUGGGCUUCGGUCUCUUCGACUAA